AUAAGGCAAAAAGGAUUUUUGCUUACACAACCAGAGAGCGAGAGAGCUAAAAUGACGAGCGUGAGUGGGUGUGGUUCGGUGAGCCUCCUAACUAACCGCAAUGCGUUCUUAGGAAGCGGACUGCAACACCGUGCCGUUUUUCUGAAACCAUGGUCGCCUCCGUCGCUGCUCAAGUCUGGGUCCAUGCUCGUGGUUGAAGCCAAAACCAAAACCAGCAGCGAAGACAGAAUCGCCCGCCACUCUCGCAUCCGCAAGAAGGUUAACGGUACAACGGAGAGGCCAAGGAUGUGUGUGUUUCGCUCAAACAAGCAUCUCUAUGUGCAAGUGAUUGAUGACACCAAGAUGCACACUUUAGCUUCAGCUUCCACCAAGCAGAAACCCAUCUCUGAGGAGUUUGACUACACCUCUGGACCUACCAUUGAGGUGGCGAAGAAAGUAGGGGAAGUGAUAGCGAAAUCAUGCUUGGAGAAAGGGAUCACAAAGGUGGCAUUUGACCGUGGUGGUUACCCUUACCAUGGUCGCAUUGAAGCUCUUGCCGCUGCUGCUCGUGAACACGGUCUUCAGUUUUAACUCUUGCUUUUCUUAUCUCCUUUUGUUUCUGCGGAACUAUCCAUUGAAAUGUUGAAGUUUCCCUUUAAAAAGACUACUCUUUGUUGAUAACCAAAAAAUUCUUGAGUGGCGUUCUCUGAAUGUGAAAAGAGCUAAUCAUCA